CAAGGUUUCUCCGUUCAGAGGAAGUCUUAACAAGAGUUGCUAACUCACCAUGUCAAAACCGCAGUUUGCGCAAGAAAGAGCAACGAAAGACGAGUUGCAUAAUCGGAAACUCAGAAAUGUUUCCUUUCAUGUUGCUUCUUUUCUCUGUUUCAUUGUACCCCUCUUUUUCCAUAAGCACCGACACCAUCUUUCCGGGCGAAUCUAUCUCUGGAAACCGGACAUUAAUCUCUCAAGGGGGAACAUUCGAGAUGGGCUUAUUUUCACCAGGUAACACUGGUAACCACUACAUUGGCAUUUGGUACAAAGGUUUACCUCAGAAGACUCUGGUUUGGGUUGCGAAUAGGAACCGCCCUGUGUCUGACCCAUUAUCUUCGGAGUUGAAGCUCCUCCACGAUGGUAAUUUAGUCCUACUCACUUCAUCCAAGCGUCAAAUCUGGUCGACCGGUUCGACAUCCCUCGUGCCCAAUUCAACUUCAGGAGUGCUCCUUAACAAUGGGAACUUCAUUUUCAGGAACAUAUCCAAUUUGUCUAAUGUUGCUUGGCAGAGUUUCGAUCAUCUGACUGAUACGUGGUUGCCAGGUGCCAAGUUUAAGUUCAACACUUCCGAAAAGACAGUUCUGGUGUCUUGGAGAAAUUUAAAUGAUCCAGCUCCCGGAAUAUUCUCUGCAUCCAUGGGAUCAGAAGGAAGAGCUGUGUUUUCGCUAUUUAACAGGUCGAAAGCCUACUGGCAUUGCCACGACUCGACCGGGUACGAUUUUGAGCUUCACCCCUCAGUAAAGACGGAAGACAUGAUAAACUUCACUGUGGAUUCAAACGAGAACGGGUCCUACAGCCAAUAUUCCUCAGUUGCUCCUUUUAGUCUUUCCAGAAUUGUGCUCGAACCGACAGGGCUGCUCAGGCAAUUAGUAUGGGCAAAGCAUACCCAGGAAUGGAAAGUGCUUUGGACACAGCCAGCACAAAAGUGUGAGAUUUAUCCCUUUUGUGGUGCUUCUUCCAACUGCAAUCAACGUGAUGCACCGCUUUGUGAUUGCGCGCUAGGAUACUUAGAUUAUCUGAAGAUGAAAGAUCGUCUGGGCAGAUGCGAGAGGCGAAAUACAUCGAAUUGCAGUGGUGACAGGAAAGAUCAUUUUUUCCUCAUGCCUAAUACACACUUGCCAAAUAAUUAUGAUUCGGUCAUGGUGGAAAACACCGAAGCAUGAAGGAUAUUGUGCUUGAGCAACUGUUCGUGCACCGCAUAUGUUUACGCUGCUUACUGUCUGAUAUGGACGGAUGAAAAGUUUUUGGUUGAACAUUCCGCCAAUGAUACAACUUUGAGAGAUUUCUAUGUCCGGAUAGCGGCGUCGGA